CGGAGCAGCGGGCACUGCCACCGACUCUCUCUCGCUCCACCUGGCGGAGCCCCGGCCUGCGUGCGGAGGGACCGGUCCCAGGCAGCAUGGUUUCUGCCGUGGCCCCCAGCCUCAUCGUGGCUUUGCUGCUGCUCCUGAGGGCCCUGACCGCGGUGGCCCACUCCGUGCCCAUGCAGGUCGCCUUCCUGGAGGACAUGGGGGGCAGUGGGGAGGCUGAUGACUCCUCAGCCUCCUCCCCGAGCCUCCCGCCGCCCCGGACCCCGGCCCUCAGCCUCACGUCGGUGGGGCCCCAGCCCACGCCCCUGGCGGGCCCCCAGCCCCCCACCAACCUCCUGGACGGCCUCGUGGACUUCUUCCGCCAGCACGCGAUGCUCAUCGCCGUGGUGGGCUCCCUGGUCCUCCUGACCAUGUUCAUCGUCUGCGCCGCCCUCAUCACCCGCCAGAAGCACAAGGCCUCGGCCUACUACCCCUCGUCCUUCCCCAAGAAGAAGUACGUGGACCAGAGUGACCGGGCCGGGGGCCCCCACGCCUUCUGCGAGGUCCCCGACAGGGAUCCCGAGGGCCGGCCCGAGGAGGCCCUGGACUCCUCCCAGCAGCUCCAGGCUGACAUCCUCGCCGCCACCCAGAACCUCAAGUCCCCCACCAGGGCGGCCCCGUGCGCCGGGGACGGAGCCGGGGGGACGGAGGAAGAGGAGGCGGGUGGCCCUGAGGAGGACCGCGAAGCCCAGGGCUGUGGGGGCCCGGUGGAGAAGCCAGCGGUGCCGGAGGAAACAUGCUCGGUGGUGGCAGAGGGAGCCGUGGGGGCCCGUGAAGGCCCAGGGGAGCCAGAAGCGGCCCCUUCAUUAGCCCAUGAAGCUGGGGACCCAGCUGGCCACCCCGAAAGCCCCUGUGCUUGUGGCAGUGUCACCCCUAGUGUCUAACAGGCCCCCAGGGCUGUGGCCCUGACUGUCGGACCCCUAGUGGUCCCCUCCUUGGGCGUAGCAAGGCCCAUAAUGCUCCUGAUGUCCCCUCCUUGGCCACCCCCAGCUGCAAAUCCUAGCGUGUCCCGAUCCUACAGCGAACAGAGACACUGGUCCCCUGUCCACCCCGGGACCCCGGGAACCUCACCAAGUUCUAGGACAUUUGCCCCUGCAGCCCUGAAGGGCGACAUCCCAAAGCACAGCUCCUGGGGGGUGGGGCUGGGGAUGUGUCCCUCUUACAGCCAAGUCAAUUCGGAAACACGCUUCGCAGGUCCCUCGUGACAGUGCCAGCGUCUCUGCUUUUCAUCGAGGUAGAAAAGUAAAACUUUAACUAGGAGUUCUGGAAGACUUUAAAUGGGAGAUAUGGAUGCGCCUGGGGCUGGGGCAGAAGUGGGCCUGGUUAAUCUGGAAGCUUCUGUGAGGGGCCCCUGCUCGCCUCACGAUAGGUACGAAAAAUGAGCAUUUCGCAAACUGGGUUCCCUGAGGCACCCUGCGGAGAAAAGAUUUUAGAGUCCAAUGAAAGAGGAAACGCUGCCUCUCUACUCCCCGAACCCCCCCUUAGAGUACCCCAGGGCUCUGACAAGUCCUGCAGUCAAGGACCCGUGGAAUCUGGUUUCACUUAGCCUUUUCCAAGUUGCUUUUGACCGGGGAGUACUUUUUCAUUUUUUUUUAGCAGCUACAGUGUAAAAUGCUCAGAGCACACUCUGGAAAUUACUGCUUUCAAUGCUCCCGAAGGUGCCCCGCAGUGUCUGGUUGGUCUGGGGUGCAGGGCGUGAGGACUCAGCCUGCUGCUGCUGUGGGGAGGGGGCGAAUGGAUUAAAUCUUUUCUGUCAGGCUCCCAAGCAGCCUAGAAGUGGGGGGCUGUGUGUGCAGAGACCACGCUGGGGGGAGCCUGAGGGUGUGGGGGAGGGUUUCUGACGCUUAGCCUGGAGCAGGGGGGCCCUUGUCCCCAACCCUCUGCCCACACACAGCCUUCUCUAGUCCUCAACGAGGGAGCAGUCCUGAUUUGGGGAGGCCCUGGGGCAUCCUCUUCGCUGUCCCUCUGCCUGGGGCCCCCCAACCUCUGUGUGACUCUCCAGGUGCUGAGCUGUAACGAACCAGCACAAUAAACCUUUAUUCCCGCUGA